AUGUUGUGGGGUUCGAGCCCGUGUCUUGAUCUGGCUGCCUACGGUGAAGUCGGCGACGGACAUUUAAAUAUACUGAUCGUGAGCGCCGGCGACACUCGCCACUUGCUACAAACGCUGGCCAAACGGUACAAACAUUCCUACAAAAAGAUCAGUAUUUAUGUAUACGAACCGGUCGUCGACAUGUACGCCAGACAUAUCCAACAAAUAGCGUUGGCUCUUGAACCGAUUGAUCGGAUUAGCUUAUCGUACAAGGUAUUCAAUUAUUUACACUUCCCUCAAAUAUUAGGGGUUUUAUUGAGAUUAAGAAAAAAUUAA